AUGCCUCCUUUACAAAGAAGACGACGACAGGUGGAGGAUGAGGACUCAGAAGAGGAAACCAGACACCCCAGACAGCGCCGAAGUCGCGAAGCAUCCAACGAAGAUGACGAAUCCGAAAACGAUGCCGUAGAUGCCGCCGUUAGCGCAGAAGACCAGCUUGCGAAGAAACUGGUACGCUACGCUCUGGCUUGCGAGUUCUCUCGGACGCCAAUCCGUCGAGACGGAAUUAAGGAACGAGUUCUUGGUGAUCAGGGUAGAGCCUUCAGGAAAGUUUUCGAACUGGCACAACAGCAACUCCGCGCUGUCUGGGGUAUGGAAUUGCAGGAACUCGCAGUCAGAGAAAAGUUCACAAUGGCAGAGAAACCAUUAAAAUCCGGCUCCCAAGCAAAGACCAGCUCCGGCGUCUUCGUCCUCUCCACGACACUCCCUUCCCGAUACCGCGCCCCGGCCAUCAUCACCCCUUCCAAAGCGCCAAGCAUUGAAGCCGAAGCAUCGUACACGGGCUUCUACACCAUGAUUAUAACCAUCAUUCUCGCGAGCGGCGGCGAACUGUCCGAACAGAAGCUGCGGCGGCACCUCAAUCGCCUAAACGCCGAGGCCAACGUCGCAUCGGAGAGGACCGAAGACGUGCUGAAGCGCAUGCAGAUGCAGGGGUACGUCGUGCGUAAGGUGCAGAAGAACGCGGCAACGCAGGCGCAGGACGGCAGCGAGGACGUCACUUGGCUCGUCGGCCCGCGCGGGCUCGAGGAGGUUGGCGUUGAUGGGGCAGCAGGCAUGGUACGUGCUGUGUAUGGUGAGCAGGCGGACGCGGAUCUGGAGAAGAAGAUCGGGGUAACUUUCGGGAUUCAGCCAGUCGAAGAUGCUGAUGGCGACGUAGACAUGUCGCAGGCUCCGGAGGCCGGCCCGUCGCAUUGA